CAGCCCGGGGAAGCAUGUGCCUCGAGCCGUUCCCCGCUGGCGAGCGCUGCGCCCAGGAGUAGGGAACUUGGCGGCCGCGAGACAAAGGCUGCGGCCGGGACGGAUGAGUUAGAGACUCGGGUUUGGGCGAACAAAAGGUGCGGACGCGAGGAGGCAGCGGCGAUGGCGGCGGGGGCGCCCCGCGGGCUCGGGGCCCUGGGGCGCGCGGCGUGACCCGCUGGGGGCCCGGGGCCGAGCCGGGACGCGGCCCCGCGGGCCGGGAGCGCCCGGAACAAUGGACAACUUCUUCCCCGCGGGGGCGCGGGUCUGGCUGAGAGAAAACGGGCAGCACUUCCCGAGUACCGUGAGCUCCUGCGCCGAGGGCGUCGUGGUCUUCCGGACGGACUACGGCCAGGUAUUCACUUACAAGCAGAGCACGAUUACGCAGCAGAAGGUGACCGCUAUGCACCCCACGACCGAGGAGGGCGUAGAUGACAUGGCCACUUUGACGGAACUCCACGGGGGCUCCAUCAUGCAUAACUUACACCAGCGAUACAAGAGGGAUCAAAUAUACACCUACAUCGGCUCCAUCCUUGCCUCCGUGAACCCCUACAAGACCGUCGCCGGCCUGUACGAGCCUGCCACCGUGGAGCGCUACAGCAGGUGCCACCUGGGGGAGCUCCCCCCCCACGUCUUCGCCGUCGCCAACGAGUGUUACCGGUGCCUGUGGAAGCGGCACGACAACCAGUGCGUCCUCAUCAGCGGCGAGAGCGGCGCGGGCAAGACGGAGAGCACCAAGCUGAUCCUCAGGUUCCUGUCGGCCGUCAGCCGGCAGUCGUCGGAGCUGCCCUCCCGGGAGCGGACGUCGAGCGUGGAGCAGGCCAUCCUGGGGAGCAGCCCCAUCAUGGAAGCUUUCGGCAACGCGAAGACGGUGUACAACAACAACUCCAGUCGCUUUGGGAAGUUCGUUCAGCUGAACAUCUGCCAGAAGGGAAAUAUUCAGGGCGGGAGAAUUGUAGAUUAUUUAUUAGAAAAAAACCGAGUAGUAAGACAAAACCCCGGGGAAAGGAAUUAUCACAUAUUCUAUGCACUGCUGGCAGGGCUACAACAUGAACAGAGAGAAGAAUUUUAUUUAUCUGUACCAGAAAACUACCACUACUUGAGUCAGUCUGGAUGUAUAGGAGACAAGACAAUCAGUGACCAGGAAUCUUUCAGGGAAGUGAUUACGGCAAUGGAGGUCAUGGAGUUCAGCAAGGAAGAAGUCCGGGAGGUCUUGAGGUUGCUUGCUGGUGUCUUACAUCUUGGGAACAUAGAAUUUAUCACUGCUGGUGGGGCCCAAGUGUCCUUCAAAACAGCCUUGGGCAGGUCUGCAGAGCUACUUGGGCUGGACUCAGCACAGCUCACUGACGCUCUGACGCAGAGAUCCAUGUUCCUCAGGGGGGAAGAGAUCCUCACUCCUCUCACUGUUCAGCAGGCAGAGGACAGCAGAGACUCCCUGGCCAUGGCACUUUAUGCACGCUGCUUCGAGUGGGUGAUUAAGAAGAUCAACAGCAGGAUCAAAGGCAAAGAUGACUUUAAAUCUAUUGGCAUUCUUGACAUCUUUGGAUUUGAGAACUUCGAGGUUAAUCACUUCGAGCAGUUCAAUAUAAACUAUGCAAAUGAGAAACUUCAGGAAUAUUUCAACAAACAUAUUUUUUCUCUGGAGCAACUAGAAUAUAGCAGGGAAGGAUUGGUGUGGGAAGACAUUGACUGGAUAGACAAUGGUGAAUGCUUGGACCUGAUUGAGAAGAAACUUGGUCUCCUCGCCCUUAUCAAUGAAGAAAGCCAUUUCCCCCAAGCCACAGACAGCACAUUAUUGGAGAAGUUGCAUAGUCAACACGCUAAUAACCACUUUUACGUGAAGCCCAGAGUUGCGGUCAACAAUUUUGGAGUGAAACACUAUGCUGGAGAGGUGCAAUAUGAUGUCCGGGGCAUCUUGGAGAAGAACAGAGAUACCUUCAGAGAUGAUCUUCUCAACUUGUUAAGAGAAAGCCGAUUCGACUUCAUCUAUGACCUGUUUGAACACGUUUCAAGCCGCAAUAACCAGGAUACCUUGAAAUGUGGCAGCAAACAUCGACGGCCCACAGUCAGCUCACAGUUCAAGGACUCACUGCAUUCCUUAAUGGCCACGCUAAGCUCCUCUAAUCCUUUCUUUGUUCGCUGUAUCAAGCCAAACACGCAGAAGAUGCCAGACCAGUUUGACCAGGCGGUUGUUCUAAACCAGCUGCGCUACUCCGGGAUGCUGGAGACGGUGCGGAUCCGAAAGGCUGGGUAUGCAGUCCGAAGACCCUUUCAGGAUUUUUACAAAAGGUAUAAGGUGCUGAUGAGGAACGCGGCAGUGCCUGACGACAUCAGGGGCAAGUGCACAGCCCUGCUGCAGCUCUACGACUCCUCCAACAGCGAGUGGCAGCUGGGGAAGACCAAGGUCUUCCUCCGAGAAUCCCUGGAGCAGAAGCUGGAGAAGCAACGGGAGGAGGAAGUUACGAGGGCGGCCAUGGUGAUCCGGGCCCACAUCUUGGGCUACUUGGCACGAAAGCAAUACCGAAAGGUCCUUUAUUGUGUGGUGAUCAUACAGAAGAAUUACAGAGCGUUCCUUCUGAGGAGGAGAUUCUUGCACCUGAGGAAAGCCGCCAUAGUUUUCCAGAAGCGACUCAGAGGCCAGAUCGCCCGGAGGAUUUAUAGGCAGCUGCUGGAAGAGAAGCGGGCGGAGGAAGAAAAGAGGAAAUGGGAGGAAGAGGAGAGAGAAAGAGAGAGGGCACGAAGAGAGGCUGAGCUCCGCACCCAACAGGAGGAAGCCGCCAGGAGGCAGCAGGAGCUGGAAGCCCUGCAGAAGAGCCAGAGGGCAGCCGAGCUGCACUGCGACUUAGAGAAGCAGAAGGAGAACAAGCAGGUGGAGGAGAUCCUCCGCCUGGAAAAGGAGAUCGAGGACCUGCAGCGCAUGAAGGAGCGGCAGGAGCUGUCCUUGACCGAGGCCUCCCUGCAGAAGCUGCAGCAGCUGCGCGACGAGGAGCUCCGGCGGCUGGAGGACGAGGCGUGCCGUGCGGCGCAGGAGUUCCUGGAGUCACUCAACUUCGACGAGAUCGACGAGUGCGUCCGCCACAUCGAGCGCUCCCUGUCGGCGGGCGGCGAGGCCCUGGGCGCAGAGGCCCCAGGCGCAGAGGGUGCGGAGGGUGCAGAGGGCGCGGUCGCCCAGAGGCCCAGCUUCAACUUCAGCCAGCCGUACCCCGAGGAGGAGGUGGACGAGGGCUUCGAGGCCGACGACGACGCCUUCAAGGACUCGCCCAACCCCAGCGAGCACGGCCACUCGGACCAGAGGACCAGCGGCAUCCGCACGAGCGACGAAUCGUCAGAGGAGGACCCGUACAUGAAUGACACGGUGGUGCCUGUGAGCCCCAGCGCGGACGGCUCCCUCCUGCUCGGCCCGUCGGAGCCCAGCUCGGUGGCUGGGGAGCCCGCCUACUGCAUGCCUCAGGGCGGGGGGGCCCUGCCGUCUGCGGACAGCCACUACGACUACGACCGGGACGACUAUGAGGACGGCGCCGCCACCUCCGGCAGCAGCGUGACUUUCUCCACCUCAUACGGCAGCCAGUGGUCCCCAGACUACCGCUGCUCCGUGGGCACCUAUAACAGCUCGGGGGCCUACCGCUUCAGCUCGGAGGGGGCGCAGUCCUCGUUUGAAGACAGUGAGGAAGACUUUGACUCUAGAUUUGAUACAGACGAUGAACUUUCCUACCGGCGCGACUCCGUGUACAGCUGCGUCACGCUGCCUUACUUCCACAGCUUCCUGUACAUGAAAGGUGGCUUAAUGAACUCCUGGAAGCGCCGCUGGUGCGUCCUCAAGGAUGAAACCUUCCUGUGGUUCCGCUCCAAGCAGGAGGCCCUGAAGCAGGGCUGGCUGCAUAAGAAGGGCGGCGGCUCGUCCACGCUGUCCCGGAGAAACUGGAAAAAGCGCUGGUUUGUCCUCCGCCAGUCCAAGCUGAUGUACUUCGAGAACGACAGCGAGGAGAAGCUCAAGGGCACCUUGGAGGUCCGGGCAGCCAGAGAGAUCAUAGAUAACACCAGCAAGGAGAACGGGAUAGACAUCAUCAUGGCCGACAGGACCUUCCACCUCAUCGCUGAAUCCCCAGAGGAUGCCAGCCAGUGGUUCAGUGUGCUGAGCCAGGUGCAUGCGUCCACCGACCAGGAGAUCCGGGAGAUGCACGAUGAGCAGGCCAACCCGCAAAAUGCCGUGGGCACGCUGGACGUGGGGCUGAUUGAUUCUGUGUGCGCCUCCGACAGCCCCGAGAGACCCAACUCAUUUGUGAUCAUCACGGCCAACCGGGUGCUCCACUGCAACGCCGACACGCCGGAGGAGAUGCAUCACUGGAUAACCCUGCUGCAGAGAUCCAAGGGCGACACCAGAGUGGAAGGCCAGGAGUUUAUCGUGAGAGGCUGGUUACACAAAGAAGGCAAGAACAGCCCGAAGAUGUCUUCGCUGAAGCUCAAGAAGCGGUGGUUUGUGCUGACCCACAAUUCCCUGGAUUACUACAAGAGCUCCGAGAAGAAUGCCCUGAAACUGGGCACGUUGGUCCUUAACAGCCUCUGCUCGGUGGUGCCCCCGGACGAGAAGAUCUUCAAGGAGACAGGCUACUGGAACAUCACCGUGUAUGGCCGCAAACACUGCUACCGCCUGUACACCAAGCUGCUCAACGAGGCCACCAGGUGGUCCAGCGCCAUCCAGAACGUGACGGACACCAAGGCCCCGAUCGACACUCCCACCCAGCAGCUGAUUCAGGACAUCAAGGAGAACUGCCUGAACUCUGAUGUGGUGGAGCAGAUUUACAAGCGGAACCCCAUCCUCCGCCACACACACCACCCGCUGCACUCGCCGCUGCUGCCCCUUCCCUACGGAGACAUAAACCUGAACCUGCUCAAGGACAAGGGCUACACGACCCUUCAGGAUGAAGCCAUCAAGAUAUUCAAUUCCCUCCAGCAACUGGAAUCCAUGUCUGACCCCAUUCCCAUAAUCCAAGGCAUCCUGCAGACUGGGCAUGACCUCCGACCUCUGCGAGACGAGCUGUAUUGCCAGCUCAUCAAGCAGACCAACAAAGUGCCCCAUCCAGGCAGUGUGGGCAACCUGUGCAGCUGGCAGAUCCUGACGUGUCUCAGCUGCACCUUCCUGCCGAGCCGGGGGAUCCUCAAGUACCUCCGCUUCCACCUGAGAAGGAUACGGGACCAGUUUCCAGGAACCGAGAUGGAAAAAUACUCCCUCUUCAUUUAUGAAUCGCUCAAGAAAACCAAAUGCAGAGAGUUUGUGCCUUCCCGAGAUGAAAUAGAAGCCCUGAUCCACAGGCAGGAGAUGACGUCCACGGUGUACUGCCAUGGUGGAGGCUCGUGCAAGAUCACCAUCAACUCCCACACCACAGCCGGCGAGGUGGUGGAGAAGCUGAUCAGAGGCCUCGCCAUGGAGGACAGCAGGAACAUGUUCGCCUUGUUUGAGUACAAUGGGAGCGUUGAUAAAGCCAUCGAAAGCAGAACCAUCGUGGCCGAUGUGUUAGCAAAGUUUGAAAAGCUGGCGGCCACAUCAGAGGUGGGGGACCUGCCCUGGAAGUUCUACUUCAAGCUUUACUGCUUCCUGGACACGGACAACGUGCCAAAAGACAGCGUGGAAUUUGCCUUUAUGUUUGAACAGGCGCACGAGGCGGUCAUCCGCGGCCACUACCCGGCCCCCGAGGAGAACCUCCAGGUCCUGGCGGCCCUGCGGCUGCAGUACCUGCAGGGCGACUACUCGCCGCACGCCUCGCUGCCACCCCUCGAGGACGUUUACUCCCUGCAGAGGCUUAAGGCCCGCAUCAGCCAGGCCACCAAGACCUUCACCCCGUGUGAGCGGCUGGAGAAGAGGCGGACGAGCUUCCUGGAGGGGACGCUGAGGCGGAGCUUCCGCACGGGCUCCGUCGUCCGGCAGAAGGUGGAGGAGGAGCAGAUGCUGGACAUGUGGAUCAAGGAGGAGGUGUCCUCGGCCCGGGCCAGCAUCGUGGACAAAUGGAAGAAGCUGCAUGGGGUGGGCCAGGAGCAGGCCAUGGCCAAGUACAUGGCCUUGAUCAAGGAGUGGCCGGGCUACGGGUCAACGCUCUUCGACGUGGAGUGCAGGGAAGGCGGCUUCCCCCAGGACCUCUGGCUGGGCGUCAGCGCCGACGCAGUCUCCGUGUACAAGCGUGGGGAGGGCAGGCCGUUAGAGGUCUUCCAGUACGAGCACAUCCUGUCUUUCGGGGCGCCGCUGGCAAACACGUACAAGAUCGUGGUUGAUGAGAGGGAGCUGCUCUUUGAAACCAGUGAGGUGGUGGACGUGGCCAAGCUUAUGAAAGCCUACAUCAGCAUGAUCGUGAAGAAACGCUACAGCACGUCGCGCUCCGUGAGCAGCCAGGGCAGCUCCAGGUGAAGGCCGCCGCAGCCGCCGUGUCUUCGUGUCUGGACGCGCCACUCCUGGCCUCCGCCACCGCUGCCUCAGAGCCGGGGCACCUGGAAGCCCCUUGCCCGGGCAGGGGUCUCCGAGGGUCCUUCCGCCCCGUCCGUUUCCGUGAUCCCGUAUUAAGCUGUCAACCUUAACGGCCCAGUUUCGAAAGCUUUACUACUCUUAGAUGACACAUGCCUUAAAAUAGAGAGGACCCCCCCACCCCCGCUGCCGCCAAAGCAGCCAGAAGUGCCUUAGCUGUGCUACUGAAGGGAAGCACCCCCGGGUGACUCAGGGGACACGUAGCCUGGGAGGGGGGUGUCGACCCCUCGAUUCUGCACUAACCUCCCACCCGAUUUCCCCGCUUUGAGGAAGGUGAGGGGGCGGCGAGGGGGGAACAGAGGGAGCACAAGGGGACAGGACAGUUUAGUUGGAGCGCUGCUGGCAGCCUUCCUCGUGGACAUAUAUUAACUUUUUUCUCUGUUUCCUCUUUCCCGUCUGUGUGCUUGCCCCGCAUGCAUGUGUUCACAAACUCAUCACUUUAAUCGUCUCAUGAGCAUUAAAAGCAAAGGGAAGAGGAUGUGCAAUGGUGUAAACAGUCUGUCUGUAUAUUUGAAUAGUUGAGAGUUUUGCUCUUCGGUUGUGACUUUGUGAGGGGGUUCAUUAACAGACCAGAGUCCUGGCUUUCCCUGUCUUUGCUGUACUUCGGGAACCACAGUUGACCCUGUUUUGUUUUACAUGUAGCAAGGCCUGCGCCCUGUGUCUGCUGUACUGUGGACAGACAGGUGGCCCACGCAAGGAAUUGUAUUUAUGACCACUCUGACUCCAACGCGUCUUUGGAACCAUUGGAAGUCAUUUUGGAAGCUUUAGUUCCUAAAAGAUUUGAGUUAAAAACCGUUUCUUUGAAGGUCAGUUGGUGUCGCUCCAGGUGGCUGAUGACCACGUAGCUGUGCUGGGUCGGGUGGAGAAAGCUGCCUUCUCCAGGCGUGUAACGCGCGAGCAAAUCUCAACCCUGACCGUAUAGAUGCCGAGACUUUAAGAAAAUACAUUUUAUCCCAAGGUCACGAUGGUAAUCUGACGCAGUGCCUGUAAAUAAAUCAGCGUUUAUGACCAGAAGAAAAAUAAUCUGGUCUUGGACUUUUAUUUUUAUAUGGAAAAGUUGUAAAGACUCAGGCCAACUAAGUCUGCCCACAAAGAAAAACAAUUGCCUUAUCUCUCCGGGAUCGCGUGAGAAAUCCUUGUUCGCUGGCUCCAGCACAGUCUGACAAUAAAGGAUCUCAGCCGCC